AUGAAGAAAUUUGCAUUACUCAGUUUUCUUUUCAUUGCCAUUGUCAUUGCCUCAUCUGAGCUACGCUUCUGCAGAGCUGAUGCCUCACCGGAUGCCGUCCUCGACACCGAUGGAAAGAAGCUCAGAGUCAGCAACAAGUACUACAUCCUCCCAGCAUUUGAAGGCAGCGGUGGUGGCGGUUUAGCCAUCGGCAAUAUCCGAAAAGAAUACGAUAGAUGUGGUAUCAACGUCGUCCAGGAGCGUUAUGAACAAUCCGAUGGUGAUCCCACGACAUUUUUACCAAUAAACCCUAAAAAGGGUGUGGUUCGAGUCUCCACCGAUUUGAACAUCGAAUUUGAUGCGACUACGAGGUGUAGGAAAUCGACGGUGUGGAAAUUAGGAACAUUUGAUCGAUAUUUGAGGCAAUAUUUCGUGACGAUUGGCGGAACGAAAGGGAAUCCGGGGCGAGAGACGACAGAAAAUUGGUUCAAAAUAGAGAAAUAUGGGAAGGGUAAUUACAAGUUGGUGUAUUGUCCAAGAGUGUGUAAGUAUUGCAAAGUAAUGUGCAAAGAUAUUGGUAUAUUUGAGAACAAUGGGAUAAGGGGUCUUGUUCUGAGCGAUACGCCAUUUCCCGUUAUCUUCAAGAAAGUUUAUGAAUGA